AUGCCUGCCGGCCAAUAUGUCCUUGACUUAAUCGAGUCGGCAAAUGAAGGUAUGCCAGCCCGACUGGUAUAUAGCGCUAGAAGCCAGAGACUGAGGAUGCUGGUGUGUGAAGAGCUAAGGAAAUUGUCACGAUCUGUCGAUCAAAAUUUCCCCGUUUGGAUGGGAGUGUUCGCAACGCAACAGAUUGCCAAGUUGAUCAUAUGCUACGACCCUCUUGAUGAAUACGCCAAGGAGAACACAGAGAGGAUACUCAAUGCCACUGCUUCCGCUGUUAAAAAGGUUCUAUACCAUAAUUAUGGUCAUCGAGUCUACAACGACAACUCCGAUGAGAUUGUUGAGAUUCUCCAUGAGAUUUCCCGACAGAACCCACAUAACGGUCACCUUCAAUCAUUGGUGGGCCGCACUCUGAAGACAAUGGUAGAGGGGAUGAAAUCAGAAAUGGAUGAACAGACAUUGACGGAACAAAUUGAGAGGAAAUUGCGUUCAUCAAUUGACGAUGAUGAUAGCUAUGAUCACUGUACUGAGUCUAGUUCCGUGGAUAUCCCGUCAGACUCGACAUUCUGA